UGCAGCAGCCACAUCUUCUGACAUGGUAACCAUUGCAGGAGCGGAUGUGUUCAUGAACUCAAGCAGUUGCUUUGCUCCUGGCCACAAGCCAUUGUGGAGACCUCUUGUGUCCCUUGGUCAAAAUGAGCAGGCUACUAAGGGACCGGGGGAUGGUUUGAAUAAGGGAUUUUCUGUUGUCUUCCAUGAAGAUUUACUUGGAUCGUGUGGAGGCUUCCGUGGAGAAGAGUCAGGACUGGAUUACCCGUUUUCAUCCUUUGAUUUGAACAACCCUUUUUCCCAGGUCCUGCAUGUGGAGUGCUCCUUUGAGCCAGAGGAUAUGGCCUCGUUCAGCCCGGGAUUCAAGCCAAAAUCCAUAUUAUGCUCCGACAAUGAGCCCUUUUGCCCUUGGUUAUAUGGCAUCAACCGGACUCAGUAUCGGGCCAUUCGAAUUUCCCCAAGGACUCAUUUCCGGCCAAUAUCAGCCUCUGAACUUUCUCCAGGUGGGUGCAGUGAGUCAGAUGUAGAGUCUGAGAAAGAGGAAGCGAGUCUUCCAGUUGGUCAAGCAGACCUCUUUGAUGACCCACAGGCUGACCUCAAGCCUCUCGAGGAGGACGCAGAGUGCGAGGGCCCUUACUAUGGAAAAUCUGAGUUGGAGUCUGGGAAGUUCCUACCCAGAGUAAAGAAGUCUGGCAUGGAGAAGAGUGCCCAGACGUCACUUGAUUCGCAGGAGGGUGGGAGCACCCUUCUGCCGAUUACUGAACAAGAGAUUUGUGUACAUUGUGAGACGGCAGCGGUUUCGGUGCCAUGUUCUCAUGUUCAGUCCUCUGUUCAACAAGAGGAAUCUAGCAGAGAGGCAGAGUCAUGCAAAUGCGCUGCAACUGAUCAGAUUCCAAAAAGUGGGAAGUCCCUUGAUGUUGCUCAAGAUAUGCCAGAGGUUCUCAGUGCGGAGGUAAGAAGAGUACACUAUUUAACAGUAUUAGAUACUGGGGAAGAAGCAGUAAUGUAUGAUUCUUCUGCUGAGCGUGGAGGUAUACCAAUGCUGAUUUCCUCCUAUCACUUUCAAACAAAACGCAGAGGAGGGAUAGGAGGACCCUUACAAGAACAGUGAGCCCAGGGCCCGCAGUGGGCUCUUUCUUAACCACGCUGUUCUAAGCCCUGUUAUUCCUCAGCCAUUUCAUCUAAAACGGCGUAUCAUCAAGAUGAAAACAUAACGAGAGGAAAACAUGGCAAUAGGUUGAACAUACAGUUAGAUGAUUCUGGUCAACAGCAUUUAUUAUAGACUUGUCUGUUAAUUCCAAGGUUGAUCAAUUUUGAAAAGAAUAAAAAAGGCAUAGUUAAGUAUUAAGAUUGUUCUUUAAUUUACCCCUUAUAGAUUUUAGCUUCACUUUUAUGUUUGAUCUAGGAUGCACUAUAACUGUGGUCCUACUGAUUGUGCAUGUGCUUGUGAACCUAGUCUCAGUCCUUCUAAUAGUCUAAGUUUCUGUGACCGAACUAUGAAUACUCAGAAGUCAGGUUGAAAGCACUACGAAUGCGACACCCCCUUCCCUAAUCAGAUAAUUUAGCAUUUUGUCGUAUUUUUUCAUUUUAUAUGAAUUGUAGAGGAUAGAGUUGUGUGAGGUUUGGUGUGUUGAACGAAAAAGUGCUUUUGCCACCCCCACCCCCCACUUUUGUUCUGUUACAUCAAUUAUUUGUUGAUGUUCCACUUUAGUUCAGUGCUGCUUCGAAAACAUCUUAAAGAAAUAAAGCAGGGUAAUAUGUUGAAGGUGUAGUAAUAUAAUAAGCAAAAAAAUAAACACGCCGUUUAAAACAGAAGUCUAAAUGAAGAAAUAUAUCCUUGUCCUUGAAAUUGGAAGUUGCUUUCUUUGCUUCAAUUUCCCAUUUAAUUCAGCCAUUGUGAUAAAUGUUUACAAUUUGCUAGGUUAUUUUGUCCCCUUUAGGUUAAAUAAAAAA